AUGAAGCGCUUCGCUCGUGUCGCCAUUCUUCUGGUGUCGGUGCUUGCACUGAUCACCGUCGCCUUCGUCACCGCUAGUGGAGGCGGUGGCGGCUCCAACGCAAAGGGACCCAAAGCUACCGAUGUGGUCACCUUCUCCAUCACCAUUGGAGAUGAGCCAGCGGGUGACAUUGAAAUUGGCCUAUUUGGAAAGACGGUUCCAAAAACGGUAGAAAAUUUUAAGCAGCUUUGUGUGCGUCACUUGACCGAGAAAUCAGAAGAUGGCAAGCUGGUCGGCUACAAGGGCUCCGUCUUUCAUCGCGUCAUUCCCGACUUUAUGCUCCAGGGAGGUGAUUUCACUCGCGGCGAUGGCACCGGCGGUCGCAGCAUCUACGGUGAGAAGUUUGCCGAUGAGAACUUCAAGCUGAGCCACUACGGCGCUGGAUGGCUGUCGAUGGCCAACGCUGGCAAGGACACCAAUGGAAGCCAGUUCUUCAUUACCGUCAAGAAGACCAGUUGGCUCGAUGGUCGCCAUGUUGUUUUCGGCAAGGUCAUGAAGGGCAUGUCCGUCGUGCGGGCCAUUGAGCACAACAAAACGGGCCCCCAGGACCGUCCGAUCAAGGAGGUGAAGAUUGUCGAUUGCUCAGUGCGCACCCUGGAAGAGCCCAUCGCUCUGGAGCGUGCCGAUGCCACCGAAUAG